ACCCGUAGGGUCCCCCACAACCCAACCAUCCCUCAGCUCUGUGUUGUUCCAGACCCCCUGCAGCCCAACUGUGCUGUCAUUCUGUGGCCCUGAAGGUCCCUCCCCAGCCCCCCAUGCUGUCGUUCUUUGACUCCCUGCUGCGGUGCUGGGAAUAACACACAGGAACGAAGCACUGUGUGAGAGAUGUGGGGAGAUGCAGUCCCACACCGCUGUGCCCACAGACUGAAGGCAUCCAACAUGCGGGAGCCGUACUCAGCAUUAACCUCUGCUUCUCUUCCGAGCUGUUCUCCCCUCUGCAGCUCAGCUGAAUCCCUUCUGCCUUUUAGAUGAGCAAAACUAACGAUAGCCUUGGAAAUUAGCGAGGGCAGCUAAUGAAGACUCCGCCGUCGGCCCCACCAUGGGUGACAUGAAAACCCCGGAUUUUGACGACCUCCUGGCAGCGUUCGACAUCCCCGACAUUGACACCAACGAGGCCAUCCACUCGGGCCACGAGGAGGCUGAGGCUCACAUCAAACCCGUUCCCAGUGAGCCGGGGCCGCCUGACCACGUCCUGCCCCACGCCGACAUCACCGCUGUGAGCGUCAUCGUGAAGAACACGGUGUGCCCCGAGCAGCUGGACGCGCUGGACGGGCGCAGUAAGGAUGGGCACGGCCUCGGCUCCCGCCUGCUGCAGAACGGCUUCGGGGCGGCCGAGCUGCCCAGGUCCCCAGCCGCCAGGUCUGUGGAAGCCGUGGCGUCCUCCAAUGGAGAGUGCUGGGUGAAGGAGAAAGGGCCCAAACCCCUGGAUAUCUUCUCGCAUUUUAGCCCCGAUCCCAAUGACGACAACGCUGCCAACCUGAUCGACAGAGCUCGCGAGUGCAAGCCGAAGGAGAAGUCCUUGGCCGUGCCCUCCCUCUCCCCGUCUCCCACCCCGUCGCUGGACUGCAAGGAGCCUGGGGGGCAGAGCGUGGAGGGCCUCGCCCCCACCUUCCCACAGCCCUUCGAGGGCAGCCAGGCUGGGGCUGGGAGCGGGCCGCCUCCCGCCGUGUCCUGCAUCAAGAAAGAGGAGUCCGACUCCGAGGAGGCGGCGCACGAGGCCAACCCGAAGGUUCUGCCUGCUGCUCUGCAGGAGAAUCCCCUGGAGCACCUCAAGUCCGUCACCGUGCGCUACUCCGCGGGAGAUUCCCCCAUCGCGUCCUGGCCCGGCUCUGAGCCCAGCCUGGGCGGCGGUGCCAGCAAUCUGCCCGAGGUGAAGCGCUCGCCCAGCAGCCCCCGGGAGCCCUUCUUCAAGCCCUCCUCUCCCGUGGUGCAGAGCCCCAGAAUCCCCGCUUCUCCAAAGCAGUUGGACGACAUCGCCCUCAAGGAGGAGCGCGAAGCCCUGGAGAAGGUGAUGGGAAGUCCGCAGAGCGUGUCCAGCGCCGAGGAGGGGGAGGAGGAGGAAGGCAACACCAACGAUUCCCCUUCUUCCAAUUCCUCGCGGCCGCUGAAGGUGCGGAUCAAAACCAUCAAGACCUCCUGUGGGAGCAUCACCCGCACGGUGACGCGCGUCUCGUCGGACUCAGAGCCCAGCUCCGCCAGGGGCUCGGCUGAGCAGAGCUCUGAGGAUGCUGCUCUGGAGGCGGAGAAGGAGGAUGGCGUCGCGCUGGAGGCGUCCCGGGACAAGAUGGAUCUCUCCAGCCCCUUGAAAGCCAUUGAGGGGCCCAAGAUCGUCAGCGUCCAACUCGGCAACGGCACCAAGAUCAAAGGCACCGUGCUGCCCGUCUCCACCAUCCAGAGCGCCAGCAGCGCCAUGCUGAUCGCGGCCAGCGUGGCGCAGCAGAAGUCCGUGGUGCUGCCGGCCAAGGCGGGCAAAGCCGUCACCAAGAACAUCAUCAACCUGGUGCCGCAGGCGCUGCCCAAGGCCGACACGAGGACCAAUGCCAGCCCUGUCACGCAGACCACCACCAUCACCACCACGGCCAACCAGAAGCUGAACGGCACCACGGUGGUGAUGGUGCAGCCGCAGAAGCCGUCCCCGACCGUCGCGGGCACCGUCAUUUCCCGGAGCCAAUCCAGCCUGGUGGAGGCCUUCAACAAGAUCCUCAACAGCAAGAACCUGCUGCCCACCUACAAACCCAACCUGAGCCCCCCGGCCGACGCCAGCUUGGCGCUGCCGCCCUUCGGGUACCGCUGCCUGGAGUGCGGCGACUCCUUCGCCCUGGAGAAGAGUUUGGCUCGCCACUACGACCGGCGCAGCAUGCGCAUUGAGGUGACCUGCAACCACUGCACCAAACGCCUCGUCUUUUUCAACAAGUGCAGCCUGCUGCUGCACGCCCGCGAGCACAAGGACAAGGGGCUGGUGAUGCAGUGCUCCCACCUGGUCAUGAGGCCCAUCGCCUUGGACCAGAUGAUCGGGCAGCCGGACAUCACCCCACUGGUCUCCGUGGCCUCCUUCCCUGCCGGCAAAGUGGCCGGCGUGACUCAGGAUGCUCUGAGUGCAGCCAACGGGGCCCCAGAGCUCCCCAUCCUGCCCCUGAGCAGCAGCGGCUCGGAGCAGAGCAACUACAGCUGCUUCAGGUGCCUGGAGUGCAAGGAGCAGUGCAAGGACAAGGCCGGGCUGGCCGCGCACUUCCAGCAGGCAGUGGCCACAGGCACCACCAGCAGCACGGUCUGCACCACAUGCCCCAUGAUCAUGUCCAACCGCUGCAGCUUCAGCGCCCAUCAGCGGAUGCACAAGAACCGCCCGCCCCACGUCUGCCCCGAGUGUGGGGGGAAUUUCCUGCUGGCCAACUUCGAGACCCACCUGAAGGAGUCCUGCCUGCACUUCUCCCGCAGAGUGGGAUACAGGUGCCCCAGCUGUGCCGUGGUGUUCGGCGGCGUCAACUCCAUCAAAUCACACAUCCAGACGUCGCACUGCGAGGUGUUCCAUAAGUGCCCCAUCUGCCCUAUGGCCUUCAAGUCUGCGCCCAGCGCCCACGCGCACGUCUACACGCAGCACCCCGGCUUUGGCAACCAGCAGUCCAAGAUGAUCUAUAAGUGUGCCAUGUGUGACACGGUGUUCACCCACAAGCCGCUGCUCUCCUCCCACUUUGACCAACAUCUGCUCAACCAGCGGGUCAGCGUCUUCAAGUGCCCCGACUGCCCGCUGCUCUUUGCGCAGAAGCGCACCAUGCUGGAGCACCUCAAGAACACCCAUCAGCCCGCAAAGCCACGGGAGGAGCCGGUCAAGAAGGCGGCGGUGCUGCUCACCCCGAAGCAGGAGCCCAUGGAAACCCCCGUCCCCAAAAUCUCCGACGAAUCCUCGUCCUCCACGGAGGAGGACGACCCCCCCAGCUCCCCGGAGCUGCGCAAGGCCAAGCGCAGCCGCUUCCAGCGCAAAGCGACCAGCAAAUCCAAGGGCAGCGGCUGGACCUGCGGCGUCUGCCACUCGUGGUUCCCCGAGCGCGACGAAUACGUGUCCCACAUGAAGAAGGACCACGGGAAGUCGGUGAAGAAGUUCCCGUGCCACCUGUGCGAGCGCUCCUUCUGCUCCGCUCCCAGCCUGCGCAGACAUGUCCGCGUCAACCACGAAGGGAUCAAACGCGUCUACCCGUGCCGGUUCUGCACGGAGGGCAAACGGACCUUCAGCAGCCGCCUCAUCCUGGAGAAGCACAUCCAGGUGCGGCACGGCAUCAAGGUGACCGACCAGACCAAGAGCCAGGAGGUGAUCAUCGCGCGCAUCGGGGCCGGCGCCGUGCAGGUGCCCGGCCGCAAGCGGAAGCUCUCGUCGGACGAUGGGGACUCGUGCAGCGAGGAGCCCGACAGCACCACCCCCCCCUCCAAGAACCCCAAAGGCGACCGCAAGGCUCCCUUCCGCUGCCGCAAGUGCGGGUACCUCGCCAGCAGCGCCGCCGACUUCCAGGAGCACAUCCCGCAGCACCGGACUGACGAGAGCUCCCACCAGUGCCGCGAGUGCGGGCUCUGCUUCACCUCCCAGGUGUCCCUCAACCGCCAUCGCUUCAUCACCCACAAGAAGAAGAAGGGGGCGGGGGAGGCGGAGGAGCCGGGCCCCCGCAGCCCCCUGGAAGGAGCUCCACACGCGGCUGACGGCGCGCUGUCCUGCACCGUCUGCGGCCGCAGCUUCGACAGCCAGCUGAACCUCAAGACGCAUUUCCGCACGCACGGCAUGGCCUUCAUUCGUGCGCGGCAGAACGCCAGCCCUGAGAACUGAGAGCUGCCCGGCGCCUUCUGGCUCUACAGAACCCGCGUGGGGGCAGACGGAGCCCCGGAACCCCUUCCUCCACCUCCGGGGCAGUGCGGCGCCGUGGGGCGAAUGGAGGCACUGCGAGGGGAGCUCUGCGCCGUCCCGCCUCCGAACCAUCGGCCGCCCUGGGCUGCGAGCAGCGGAGCUGCGCUGCGGUUCGGUGCAGGAGGAGGUGGGGGCGCAGGCCCGGACCGCCCCCCCCGUGCGGAAGCACCACGCCGGCACUCAGGGCUGCAGCGCCGGGAGGCAGGGAGCGACAGCCGCCAGCACCGCACUGCAGCCCCGCAUCCCCAGCAGCGCUGCCCGCAUUUGCCGGCUCUGCAGGGAGCUCCGGAGCCGCGCAGCACGGGGAGACCUGAGCAAAUCAUCACCGCUAGAUCCACCUCUUCAGAGUUCGCUCUCUUUUCUUUCCUUCCCUUAACACUUCCCACGGCUGGGAGAAGCGCCCUCCCAUCGCUGCAGAGACGCUGCAGCCGCCGCUCGGCCCUCCAGCUGCUCGUGGGGCGCUGGGGGCUCCCCGCACCCCCAGACCCGCGGCCGGGGUCCUCGAGGGACAGAACAGAACCCCCGGCGCCGCAGGGUCGGUGCAGCCAUCGCCCCGGCGUGGAUCUCUGCUCACAGUGUACAGUUGUACCAUAAACACUAAAAGCGACGAGAAAAGAAAGACGAGAAGAACUACUGUUGUGAUUUGGGUUUGUUUUUUUUGUUUUGUUUUUAUUAUUUUCAGGGGGUGGGUUUUUUUUUUGUUUGUUUUUGGGGGGGUUUGUUGUUGUUGUUUUGUUUGUGGGGGUUGGGGAUGGGCGGCCUCAGCUCCUCCAAAACGAAUCCUUAACAAACGCUUGGGAAAAGAGAAGGGAAGCGUUGAGCUGCUCCUCCGGCGCUGUGCUGGCAGUGGCCGCCAGGCGCCGGGGGCUGCGGAGCAGAAUUGAAAACGUUCCCCCCACCUUUAGAAGGAAACGACCCCAAACAGCACCGCGACCCCCAACCAUCGCGCCGUCAGCCCCCAUCGUUGCACUGUGAUCCCGAAUCGUCGCGCCGCGAUCCCCAAUCAUUGCUCCGUGAUCCCAAAUCGCACUGUGGGGUUUUCCAGCACUUCAGUGCCUUCGGAUGGAUUUCUGUAAGCGUGUGGGGCUGGGGGGGGGCGAGCGCCGUGUGUGGGGUUGUGAUUCCGCUUCAGUAACGCUACGGGCACUGCAGAGGCUCUCAGGUAUCCUUUAUUCUUGUAGUCAUAACGCGAUUAAACUUCUAGUGGUUUAACCCCU